CCAAUAUUUUUUUUGAAAAAUUUUCUUCAGUAAGAACUUAAAUUGAAGAUCAGAAAUUAUUAGUAAGUAUAUUUAAUAUGUAUAAUAAAAAAUGGUUGGACGAAAAAAGAAAAUUGGAGCAAGACCAUACAAAACAUAUAAUGAAGAAACACUUCAAAGAGCAGUACUUCUUGUAAAAUCUCAUAAAUUGACUGAACGUUGGGCAUCUAAAGAGUUUGGCAUAUCUAAAUCCACAAUUCACCGCAAACGCCAUGAUCAAAAUUUAUCACCAGUUGGAAGACCCUGUGUUUUGAAUUAUGACGAAGAACAGGAUUUAGUCAAAGGUCUUAUUGUAGCUAGUAAAUGGGGAUUUCCAUUAAUCUCACAUGACAUUUCUCAUAAUUUAUGUGAAAUUUAAAAUGUUAAAAAUGUUGUUAAUGGGAAUUACAUCUGAAAAUAUUAUAAAAUCAAGACUGAUUAUGUAUUGCUAUUCUCAUUGUUAAAAUAUGUUAAUUAAUUAUAAUUUAAAUAAGUAUUCUGAUUUAAUAGUAGACUGAUAUAACAUAAGUCAUAAUGUAUUACCUUCAUACCUAGGGUUUUUAAUUUG